AUGGAAGAGUAUACAGAAGUUUUUGCGUGGGGUGGCGAUCAUUUUGGACAAUUAGGACUUGGAACAAAACAAGCUAGUAAGACAUAUCCUGUGCCGAGAUUUUGCAGCUUUAAUGUGCUAAUAAAAGAUAUUUCAUGCAGUGAACAGCAUUCAUGCUUCAUAACUCAAUCUGGGCAUGUUUUUACUAUGGGAAGUAACAGUGAAGGAAGAUUAGGGAUUGGCGAUCAAUCAGUUAAACAAUGCCCUUCUCCUUGCUUAGUAGAAUAUUUAUCUCUUUAUAGAGCAUCAUCUGUAUCAUGUGGAUGGGGUCAUACAGUAGUUAUCACAGAAGAAGGGUAUGCUUUUUCAUGGGGUGUUGGAGAAUUUGGAGCUUUAGGUAACGGAACUUCAGACACACAAUGAUCGCCUGUAAAAGUUAAAAUACCCGAUUUUAUUCGAUGCAAAAAGGUGUCUUGUGGAUCUCGCUUAUUAUUUUUUCCAUCUUUUCAUUAUAUUUUUUUAAAAUUUUUUUAUUUUUAAAAUUAAUAGAUCUCGGCAUACUGCAAUUCUGGGCGAUGACGGCUAUGAAAGCGGAAUUUUAUUUUUAUUUGGUGCCGGAGAAGCAGGACAAUUAGGCACAGGACGUCGAGAAAGAGAAAUGCUCCCAAUAAGAAUUCAAUCAAAUGAAGAAAUUCUGCAAGUAUCUUGUGGAGUAUUUCAUACUGGAUUUAUAACAAAAUCAGGAUCAGUCUAUAUGAUGGGAGGAAAUUCCUUUGGACAAUUAGGCCUUGGCAAUAAAAAAAGUGUUAGUAUUCCAAAACAGGUUCAAAAUCUUGAUGGGAUUUUUAUAUCAAAAAUUGCUUGUGGAAACCACACAGCGGUGCUAAGUGACAAAGGCCAAGUCUAUGUGUGAGGCACUGGAAUCUUUGGAGAAUUUCUAGUGCCUCAAAGAUUCAGUUUUGCAAAUCCAAUAAGAGAUAUAGGAGUUGGUGGGUGCUUUGGCAUGGCAAUUGAUAAUAACUUUUCAGUAUAUGCUUGGGGAUCAAAUUCAAACGGUGAACUUGGAACUGGAGACUAUGAAACUCGCGUAAAGCCUGUCCCUAUUAUAGGUCUACAAGGCAAACAAGUAAAAUUUAUAUCUUGCGGAUCGAAUUCCUGUCUAGCGCUAGGAAGUGACAUAACAAAAGGUCGUUCAUCUCAGCCAAAAUCCAGAGAAAAUACCCCAUUAAAGACUAAAACUCCUCAGAAAAAUUCAGAAAUAAAAGAAGCAAAAAGUGUGCAAAAGCCUUCCUAUUUAAAAAGAAGACUGUCAGCUGAGCAAUCUAAUAAGAAGCAUUUAAAAAGAAAUGGGAGUUUUGGAUCUGGAGAUAAAUUGGAAAAAUUAAAAAAUGAAAUAAAAAGUCCAUGAAGAUAUGAUGGUAAAUCUGCACCCAUCAGUGUAAAUAAAAGCUUUUCUUAUAUUCCACAUAAUAAUCAUGAAGUGGAAACAGAAAUUUUUUCGAAAAAUAAUCAGAUUGAUGAAUUGAAUUUGAGACUGGAUCAAGUUAUGAGAGAGUAUAGAGCUAAUCGAGCAGAAUUGCAAGCUGUAAGCGAAGCUUAUGCAGAGCUGAAGGCUAGCAGCCAGCAUAUGCAAAUAGAAAUUGAUGAGAAAAUGAGAUUAAAAGAUGACCAAAGCUAUCAACAAUCAAGAUUGUUAGAAAUAUCUGCCAUCAAUCAAGAACUAGCAAGGGACAUGUCAAUAUUAAAGAAAAACUUAGAAGAAGCUAACCACACAAACUAUUUAUCAUCCACUGAAAACAAGUCUUUAAAAGAGGAAAAUAUGAGAUUAAAGCGAUCAUUGGAUGAAUUCAUUCAUCAGUCAAAAUUAGAAAACCAAAAACUUGAUAUGCUAACUCAUACAAAAACUGUCAUAAAUAAAAGAUUUUUUAAAAAUAUGUAUUUAUAGUUUAUAGAAUAAUUUAUUUGUUAAAGAAAAGGAGUCAGUUAUUUUAGAAAACAGAGACUUAAAGGCACAGUUAGAAGAAGAAAAAAUAAGGCGAAAGCAGAUUGAAAGAGACUUUGAAGCAGCCAACUCUCAUAGACGCAGACUAGAUGAUUUAUUAAAUAUUUCUCAAAAUAAGCUUGAAGAAGUGCAAAAUUUAUCGCAAAAUAGUUUUGAUGCAUUGCAAGAAGAAAUUAGACAAGGAAAAUUAAAAAAUGAUCAAAAAGAUUCACUAAUUGCUCAACUUCAAUAUAAGCUGGAAGAAAUCCAAAAGUUGUCUCAAAGCAGCUUCAAUUCGCUGCAAGAAGAAAUUCAUAAGGGUAAAAUUCAAAUCGAUCAAAAGGACUCAUUAAUAGCCCAGCUUCAGUAUAAUUCAGAUAAUUUUAGCCAAGAAAAUGAAAGAUUAAGGCUAGAAAAUAUGCCUAGUAAAUAUUUUUAUUGCAAAAAUAGCACUCAAGACCAAUAUUUUAAUGCAAAACUUUAAUUUCCUUCCUUUAUUAUGUCAAUUUUUAUUAAGAGUUAUUAACCAUAUAAGUAAAGUACCUAUCAAAAUAUAGAAGAAUAUAAAAAUCUACUCGACAAUAAGUCUGUAGAAAAUGAAAAUAUCCAAAAUGAGCUCAAAGAAGCAAGAUAUCAGCAAUCAAUACUUCAAGAAAAUCUUAAAGAAAAAGAAAGCAUCAAUCUUGCGAUAUCAGCUGACAUAGAAUCAAUAGGAAAAGAUUUAUCAGAUAAAAUUGCAGAGAGUAAAUACCUCAAAAGUUCAUUUGAUGACAUGAAAUAUGAGAUUGAAAAGUUGCAUCAGCAGCUUGAAGAAAAAAAUGCCCUUUUAGAUCAGGUAACCAAAAUAGGUGAGGAUUGGAAAAAUCAUUAUAAUCAAUCAGAAUUUGAUAAGAACAAGCUUUCUGAAGAACUUGCUGAUUUGCAGAUGAAAAAUCAACAGCUUUUUGAUAAUUUGCAAAAAGAAUUAGCUCAGAGGGCUAAGGAGUACAAAGAAAGGGCAAUUACUUUGUUGAAUACCCCUAUGAGAUCAAUUCCACUAUCGCCUUAUGGCAAGCCAUCUCCUGCAUCUAAAAGCCCAAGAAAUCGUUCUCCUUCUAUUCAUGAUAUUGAAUCUCUGCCUCAUUUUAAGGAAGAUUAUUCUCCAACUUCCCCUUCUAAAUCUCCAUCAAGAAAAGAGCUGCAAAAAGAGCACCAAGAUCGUCUAUAGCGCUUUCCCGAGGAUGGCACAGAAUGGCGCCAUCCUCGGGAAAGCCAGGAAGGCAUCCACACGGGAACUGGGAGUUCCACGUGUGGAUGCCAUUUUGACAUGUGGAAGUUGGAUCCCACAUGUCAAAAAUGGCAUCCACACGUGGAACUCCCAGUUCCCGUGUGGAUGCUUAGUUGACUUUCCCGAGGAUGGCGCCAUUCCGCGCCAUCCUCGGGAAAGCGCUAUAGCUUCAACUGCUUCAAGGCUGAUGGAAUCUACCGAAGUUGAAUCACCAUUGAGGCAUUUACGAGUUUCAUCUCCAAGCAGAAGAUCGCCAGAAAGACCAUCACCGUUUAAAUCUAAAGAAAACACAUCUGCUACUUUUACUCCAAUUUAUAUCAAUAUAAAUUUUUAAUAAUUUUAUGUUAAGAUUUUUAUUAGUAAAAUAAAAAAUAUUUACGUUUGGAGGGAAGAUAGAUCUCUUCAAUCCACUCCUUCUAAAACUGAUGUAAAAGCUAAAAUCGCUGCCCUAAUGGAAUCUCGAGCAAGAAUCGAGAGACAAAUGCAAGAUUUGAACUCAGAAAAUAUUUAA